ACAACCGACCCCGCAGCAAUAACAACAACACUAACAAGAAAAAGUUCAAGGUGAUCUGGAUUCUUGUUAUUUUUUUGCCGCUGCCACGUCUCUCUCUAGAUUGCAGUCAUGGCAGAUACUGAAGCAAGCAAAGCACCUGAGCAGGCAUCUGAGGAGGUGAAGAAGCCUGUAGAAGAAACAAAAGCAGAGGGAAAGGAAGCAUCCACGGCGGCACCAGAGGAGAAGAAAACAGAAGAAUGUGAAGGUGCAUAUGGAGGAGCCAGGAUUCGAAACCCUGAAGAGAGUGAUGAAGAGGAAGAUGAUGACGAUUUUGAUGAUGAUGAAGAUUUUGAUGAUGAGGACGAGGAUACAGAGGAGGAGGAGGACAAGGAAGGUUUCAUGAACAUGCUGCAGAAUUUCCUCAUGUCAAAGCUGCAUCUCGGUAGCCAGGAAGAGGUUCCAAAGGCUAAUUCAAACAAGGUUCUGGAGGAAGUGACUGUGGAAGGUGUCGUGAACUACAUCAAAAGUGGCAAAUGCAAGAACAUCAUCACCAUGGCCGGUGCGGGAAUAUCAACAUCAGCAGGUAUCCCCGACUUCCGAACUCCUGGCACAGGGCUCUACAGCAAUCUGGAGAAAUACAAUCUUCCCUUCCCAGAAGCCAUCUUCGAUAUUGAAUACUUCCGCAACAACCCCAAGCCCUUCUUCGUCCUGGCAAAGGAACUGUAUCCAGGAACCUUUGCCCCGACCCCGUCCCACUGGUUCAUCCGCUUGCUCCACGACAAAGGCUUGCUUCUAAGGCACUACACCCAGAAUAUUGACACCCUGGAGCAUGUAGCUGGACUUCCUGCCGACAAAGUAGUAGAGGCCCAUGGCACUUUCAGGACCUCCCACUGUCUCAACUGCCGGAAGGAGUACAGUCAGGAGUGGGUCAAAGAGGAAAUCUUCAAGGACAGCAUUCCAACAUGCACUGAAUGCAGUGGUCUUGUGAAGCCUGACAUCAUCUUUUUCCGAGAGAGUCUUCCUGUGCGGUUCUUCCAACUCAUGCAGUCAGACUUCCCCAAAUGCGACCUGCUGAUCAUCCUUGGAACCUCCUUAACUGUUCAGCCGUUUGCAUCUCUUGUUGACAACGUUCCAGCCAUGUGUCCACGUCUGCUCAUCAACCGGGAAAAAGCAGGGACAGUGGAUCCAAUGAUGGCAAUGUUGCAAGGCAUGUUCGGCAGUGCAGGACUUGCUCUUGAUUCACCCAACAAUAUCCGAGAUGUUGCUCUGCUUGGUGACUGCGAUGAAGGCUGUGUGAAAAUGGCAGAGUUCUUAGGAUGGAAGGAUGACAUGCAAGCCUUAUUAGCAACUACAAAGAAAUAAAAGUAAAAAACAUCACCAUGUGUCAUAGAAUAGUCCAGGAGUUACAUGUUUCCAAAAGGAACUUCACAGUUAAGUUGUAUAGUCAUCUGAAAUUAUUGAUUAAGUCAUGAAGAGUUGUUGAGGAAGGUUACAUCAGCUGAUUAAACUUACAUGUGAUAUAUAUUUUUAGACAACCAUUUUGUAUGGGCAUUAUUCAAGGCAUUUUAAUUGUUUGAUACUUAUUGUACCCCCAAAAAAGUAAAGUAAUGGUGCUGACAGUGGAAAGGGUGUGAUUGUUGGGCUGAAGUUUGUAAGUGGCUGAGAAGUUAUGUAUUGCACGUAUUGAGUUUAGUGUAUUAAAACCUGCAUAACAGAAAAAAAGGAAAUAAAAUUGAUACUGUUCUUCCCUAAGAUUACGUUUGCAAGGAAUGGGAAAGCAUUUAACAUAUGAGAAUAUACUUUGUAUCCCAGAGGUUGUAGAAGCUGAUUUUUGCAAGGAAAAAAUUUGAAGGUGAUAUUUAAGUACUUAUAAUACGUGCAAUGCCAGUUUUCCAAACAUUCUUCUUUUAUGAGCAGUGAAGGUGCAAAGAUCCAAGAGUAAUUUUGUGGCAGUGCGAUGAAAGAAUGAGUUUGCAUCAGUUUGUGUUACAGUGCAAAGAAGUUUUCUAAUGAUUGGUGUUGGAGAAAUCUUUUCUAACUGAUCAUCAGAGGUAUAGAUAAUUAUGUAGUCUAGAUAAUCAGCUGGUAUGAGAGCAAUGAAGAAGACAUUAGUUUUAGAACUUUGGGAAAGCCCAACAUGGUAGAGUAAAGGUUGUAUAAACUGAAGCAUGUAAAUUUAAGGAAAAAGGAAAAGACAAAAGUUAGUGCGGGAUCAAGGUUAGAAGUUACCCUUCCAUUUACCUUGACAUUUUUUACUUGAACAAAUAAGUGUAUGAAAUUCAUGUUAUUAUCAUGAUUAUGAUUUUUAUUAUUAUAUUUGUUACUAUUGAACUAUAACUGUUAUCAUUGUCAUUGUUAAUAUCAGAUAUUGUUAUUGCUGUUGUGUUGUUUUUAUUUUUUGUUACUUGCUGAUACAUUGUCAUGGUCAAUAUUAUUUUAUUUUCAUUUUUGUUUUCAUUUUUUUCUGUUAUUGUUUUUGUUACUAUUUUUUGAGUGAAGGAUGGACAGGGUGUUUUUUUUUUCUAUAAGAAAAAUAUUUUUCAAGCUGUGAAGCAAAGGUUGGUGGUCCAAAAUUAUUAAAAAUCUCUGUUUAAGGAAAAUGGAUUUAUCCAGGACAAAAUUUUAUUUUUAUUGUAUCAGUAUUAUUAUUAACUUGAAAUUACAGUAUUAGAAUUCCAUGUGUGUUGAAUAUAGGUGCUGAAAGAGAAAUUUUACAAAAUCACCAAAUACAAGUUUAGAUUCCAAAGGUACCGAAAAGAGACAUCACUUUCGUGCAUGUUUCACUGUAUGUACAAUAGCAUUUUUGGUUGCAGAAUUCAAAGAGAAGAUAUUGUGCUUGAAAUUUUUUAUUUAAAGUUUCAAUGCAAUGCACUUUUAAUGGUUCUUUUGAUACAGCCCAUAGGUGAUAUAUUACACAGUUCAUGUAUACUCCCUUGUAUGUUACAACUUGUAACAUAAGAUUGCAAUAAGCAUAGUAGAAUUUGUUCAUGAAGUAAGCUCAUAAGUGAAAAAUGAGUACACAAUAUACAAGGAAUCUAGAUUGAAGUGUACUUUUACAAGGAAACUAUUUUGAAGUGUACUUUUAAAGAAUUUACUUAAUUUUGCAGCUUUACAAGCAACAAAUAUUUUUUGUUGCUAAUUAUGUCCUUGCUCUUCUUUUCAUUUUCUUUUUUUACAAUAGCAUUAAGCAUUUACCCCAGUUUUCAUUUUGUUGUGCUUCUGUUGCCAGAUUUUUUUUCUUUUUUUUUUAUGCUUUUUGGUGUCUUUUUAUGGGGCAUUUGCAAAAGCUCAGCUUCUGACUUGCUUACAUUUAUGUAAUUCUGUAUUAUGUUCUGUUUGCUAUUUUGUAUUUAAUACCUAUUGUAAUAUCUGGGUUAGGAGUGAAUGAUCAGAUGUUCACCAUGUUUAUUUGCAGUCAUUUACACAGAAAUUACAUCUGCGUUGUAUUUUUUUGGGGGGGAGGGGAGGUAUUCCAACAGCAUAAUUAUGGGGUUAUGUAAAGGAUAAUGUGGUUAUGAUGUGCACUAGACUCAGAGUGUUUCCAUUCCUUUUUUUUUUUUUUUAGGCUAGCAUUUAUAAGGGUUUGUAAUGACAACUUUAAGAAUAGCUAAUGUGUAUACUUGUUUUUUUUUUUUUUUUUUUUUUUUUUUUUUUUAUUCAAAUGAGUUUAGGGGGGCUGAUAAUUUGUCAUGUGUGAUCGGUAUUCAUGCAUAGUGAAUACAUUGGAUGUGAGUGGUAUAUAUAUAUAUCAUACUGAAUCGGGGUUUUGGAAUUGUCAAGUCACUCUUAGACAUUAAGAAAGACAUACUGAAGAGCAAUUACUGUGAUUACAUCUUGCAUUUGUGUAUUGUUAUAGAUAUUUAUUGGAGUCCAGUGAUAGAGGAUGUGGUAUCAUCUGAAGUUUAAACUUUAAGGUAAGUACAAGUAUUAUGUAAUACAAAAGUAAUAUUAGGAGGAAGAAUUAUAAACACAGGUAUUUUGAAUAUCAUGGAAGCCAGACGGAGGAAACAAUUUGGCUUGAAUGUGCUUUGCGGUGUCAUUCUAAGAAGAUUUUGCCUUUUGUUAGUUGUGCAAGUGCUUAAUUACUAAAACAAUUUAGCUGUGGUGUUCAUUUAUUACCAUUAUUAUUAUUAUUAUUUUCAUUAUUAUUAUUAUUAUUAUUAUUAUUAUUAUUAUUAUUAUUAUUACUACCACUACUCUUACUAUGAUUAUUUUUUUUCUUUUGCGUUACAAAACAGUUCAUUGUUUACAUGUAUCCAUAACUCGGUAUUAUUUAUCUGUGAUGCUUAUAUAACAGUUGUAUUGUAUGUUGCCUAACAGGAUUUUCUUUAAAA